UCUACGAGUAACGGGUAUAAAAACUAAAAUCCAAAUCGAAACCCGUGAGCCUAUAGGUGUGUGCGUGCCAUCGCUGACGUCAUCGGGUUGAGGAACGUGCGCUGCCAAUCUAAGUAUAUAUACUACAUAAAAAAGUGGUAUAAAGAGAACAAAUAACUUAGACUCGUCUGUGGCGUUGACAAAAAAACCUCAAUACAUCAAUGGUCGCACUCGAAAACCAAACCCAAACGCACAGCGGCGGACAGGUUUGCAUGAUUUAUGACUCCGCAGGUGACAGGCAACGGGCGCCCAGGUGCGGAUUCCACGGCGGAGGGAGGUUAAGGUGUUUCUAAGCUCCAACUACAAUACAAUACAGUUUGGCUAAUACAGGUAUUUACAAGGAUUUAAACCACUUCCACAAAUACAUCACUGCUCCCACUUAAAUCACGUGACACAAUCGCAUCAGGAACUUGUUUUAUAUCCAACCUGCUUUCGAUAAGGCCAACUAUUACGACAUACGAGUUAUUACGCCCCUUAUCAAUGUGACUCAACAAGGUCUUCAUUUCUAGAUUCUAGAUUACAAUUCUUCUUAGUUGUAGUUGAAAUCGCGAAUAUGCUAAACUCGAUGAUAAAAACACUGACAUUGCUGUGCAUAAGUAGCAGAUGCACGCCGAGAGCAAACAAAACAGCAGUUACAAGAAAAUAGAUACGAUAAGAUGAUAAACUGCAAGCCAUAAUAUUCACACACUGUCUAUGGCAAAAUGAGAAGCAUUACCCAUUUUUCUGAUAAUUUCCAAUAGAUGGUAUCCAGAGCUAGCCGAAUCCGCUCCUGGAACCUCAUGCUGUGCGUGAGUGGGCUAGAGAUUAGUUAAAAACGCACGAAUUCGACGAGUCCGAUGUCCGAGUGUCUUAAUCUUGAUUUGUUUGUAUUUUGAUUACUGAAAUUAGCGGCUAGCGCUAAUUGAUGCAUUAGCUCUGAUUGCGACUCGUUCCCGGCUACUUGUGCCUGUCGUCCCAACUGAUCCACGUAUAACAAGUGGUGGAGCUCACGAGUCCAUGGAGUUAAGAAGGUGACCCCAAUCACAUGCACCACUUGGCGGCACCACUAAAUCAGGACCAAAUUGCAAAAGUUACUGCACUUAACUUGGCCAAACUUUCAUCGAAUAACAAGUCAAUUAGCUGGGCUGCCUAUAUAAGGAGCAUUACUGGCCAGGAUGUGUUUCAAAAGUAGUAUCCACCAUGUCCAAGUGGUUUCGCUUUCUGCAACGCGAUCAACAGCUGGAUGUGUACUUUUUUGCAGUGCCCCGCUUGAGUUUAAAUAUAAUGGGCUAUUGGCCGGGAAAAAGUGGGGAUACGUUGCCCUGGAGAUCGCUGAUUCACUUCGUGAUCCUGUCGAUUGGCGUGGCGACCGAACUCCAUGCUGGUUUGCGUUUUCUACACCAACAGCAGAUUACCUUGGCCCUGGAGACCCUCUGUCCAGCUGGAACCUCGGCGGUCACGCUGCUCAAGAUGUUCCUCAUGCUGCACUAUCGCCAGGAUCUAUCGACCAUGUGGUACCGCCUGAGAAGCCUGAUUUUCGAUCCCAACUGGCAGCGAUUGGAGCAGCAGGACAUCCGGCUCAGCUACUCGGUCAUGGCGGCCCGCAUCAACUUCUGGCCACUGUCGGCCGGAUUCUUUACCUGCACCACGUACAACCUGAAGCCCAUCCUGAUCGCAAUGGUCCUGUGCCUCCAGAAACGUUGCGAGGAAUUCGUCUGGUUUACACCCUUCAAUAUGACAAUGCCCAACGUUCUGCUCAGCUCUCCGUUCUUUCCCCUGACCUACAUAUUUAUUGCCUACACGGGCUAUGUGACCAUCUUUAUGUUUGGAGGCUGUGAUGGAUUUUAUUUCGAGUUCUGCGCUCACUUAUCAGCUCUUUUCGAAGUGCUGCAAGCGGAGAUAGAAUCAAUUUUUACGCCCUACAAAGAUCUUUUGGAACUGUCGCCAGUGCAGCUGUAUACGUUAGAGCAGAAGAUGCGCUCAGUAAUCAUUCGACAUAAUGCCAUUAUCGAUUUGGCCAGAUUUUUCCGGGAACGCUAUACUGUUAUCACACUGGCUCAUUUCGUGUCCGCCGCCAUGGUGAUUGGAUUCAGCAUGGUGAAUCUCCUCACGCUGGGCAAUAAUGGUCUGGGUGCCAUGCUCUAUGUGGCCUACACGAUUGCCGCUUUGAGCCAACUGCUGGUUUAUUGCUAUGGCGGAACUCUGGUGGCCGAAAGUAGCACAGAGCUGUGCCAGGCUAUGUUCUCGUGUCCGUGGCAACUUUUGAAGCCUAAACAACGUCGCCUCGUUCACCUUUUGAUUCUCAGGUCGCAGCGUCCCAUUUCGAUGGCAGUGCCCUUCUUUUCCCCCUCCUUGGCCACCUUUGCUGCGCGAACUCUCUUGCAGAUUCUUCACACUUCGGGCUCUAUUAUUGCGCUGGUCAAGUCCUUUCAGUAAAUUGUGAAUGUAUCAAGCGCUCUCCUAUGCAAUAGAAACUUAGCAGGAGGUAAUCUACCCCUAAUCCCUUUUCAAGCCCACCAUAUCGCACAUCUCCAAUAAUCAGGCGCUGAGUCGACCAAUCCAUGUGCACUCUAUCAACUUCC